AAAACCGGAGGUCAAAAGAAGAAGAGGAAGAGGAGGAGAAGAAGGAGGAAGAAGCAUCAAGAAGGAAAGAGAACCAAAAGAAGAGAAGAUCAAAAGAAGCAGCAGUCAAAGGAAGCAACAGGAGGAAGAAUUAAGAAUCAAAAGGAGAAGAAGAGCAGAAGAGGAGGUCAAAAGAAGAAGAGGAAGAUCGAGGAGGAGCUAGAAGAAGAAGAGGAAGAAGCAGCGAGAAGGAAAGAGAAGAGAAGAAGAAAUCAUAAGAAGCAGCAGUCAAAGGAAGCAACAGGAGGAAGAAGAAUCAGCAGGAGAAGAAGAGCAGAAGAGCUAGAAGGUCAAAAGAAGAAGAGGAAGAGGCGGAGAAGAAGAAGAGGAAGAAGAAGAAGAAGCAGGCAGCAGAAGGUCGACGCUCCAUCAGGCUCAGUAGUUUGUUGUGAAGAAGAUGGCCAAGAAGACUUAUGACCUGUUAUUCAAGCUGCUCCUCAUAGGCGACUCGGGCGUGGGAAAGACAUGCAUACUCUUCAGGUUUUCAGAUGACGCCUUCAACACCACCUUCAUCUCCACCAUAGGUAUUGACUUCAAAAUCAAAACCAUUGAAUUGAGAGGAAAGAAGAUUAAAUUGCAAAUAUGGGACACAGCUGGGCAGGAGAGGUUUCACACAAUCACCACAUCCUACUACAGAGGUGCAAUGGGCAUUAUGCUCGUAUAUGACAUCACCAAUGCGAAAUCGUUCGACAACAUAGCAAAGUGGUUAAGAAAUAUAGACGAGCAUGCAAAUGAAGAUGUUGAGAAGAUGAUUCUAGGAAACAAGUGUGACAUGGAGGACAAACGGGUCAUUCUGAAGGACAAGGGAGAAGCUAUUGCCCGGGAGCAUGGCAUCAGAUUCCUUGAAACAUCGGCCAAAGCCAACAUCAACAUUGAACAGGCCUUCCUGGAGCUCGCUGAAGCCAUCCUCAACAAGACCCCCGGCCGUGACCCACAGGAGAACCCAGACAGUGUGGUGCGCCCAGAGAGAAGCACUCAAAGAGGCGCAGCCCGGCAAUGCUGUGCGUAGACCACUAGCCAUAGAGGCUCCUGCACAGGGCAUGAGUGGCUGUUUUCCACAUAACCAUAUCCUCCCCUCCACCCCAGCCUCACCCUCACCCCUAGUCUUUGGGGGAGUGGGGGGAGCUUGGAGGGAAUUAAGAAAAGAGCACAUAUAUAUAUUUUUCCUUUAUUAUUAUUAUUAUUAUUAUUAUUUUUAUUAUUGUCUUUAUUCCAAAGCUUUACACACCAUCAUUUUCAAUGCUGCUGCACUUAUGGGAGGGAAAGGGAACGAUGCUAAUGGUGGGAGGGGGAAGGGAGGGAAGGAAGGAGCAACAACUAUGUCAUUGGACACAGAACAAUAUAACCCUGAUGCCUCUUUCUUUAUUUUUUUUUCCUUUAUUAAGAUUAAUUUCUAAGAGGAAAAGGGGAGCAGUUGGUCAUGACUUUUGGUGCAAUGAAUGAAACUCUUCACUCGGGAACCACUACUACCGCUA